UCUGCCCCGGAGGAUUGGGGGUCCCAGCCUGCGUCCCGUCAGUCCCUUCUUGGCUCGGAGUGCGCGGAGCUGGGAGUGGCUUCGCCAUGGCUGUGAGGAGGGACUCCGUGUGGAAGUACUGCUGGGGAGUUUUGAUGGUUUUAUGCAGAACUGUGAUUUCCAAAUCGAUAGUUUUAGAGCCUAUCUAUUGGAAUUCCUCGAACUCCAAAUUUCUACCUGGACAAGGACUGGUACUAUACCCACAGAUAGGAGACAAAUUGGAUAUUAUUUGCCCCAAAGUGGACUCUAAAACUGUUGGCCAGUAUGAAUAUUAUAAAGUUUAUAUGGUUGAUAAAGACCAAGCAGACAGAUGCACUAUUAAGAAGGAAAAUACCCCUCUCCUCAACUGUGCCAAACCAGACCAAGAUAUCAAAUUCACCAUCAAGUUUCAAGAAUUCAGCCCUAACCUCUGGGGUCUAGAAUUUCAGAAGAACAAAGAUUAUUACAUUAUAUCUGUCAUCUUUGUAAUAGGAUAUUCAUCAGAAUCUUGCCAGAGACUGUGCAUUUGGGAUCUUGGGGGAUACAGCACCACCACCACCCUCCCCCUGUCCAAGAGAAACAGAUCAACAUCUUAGGUUGAGAGUCUGGGGUCUGGAAGACCCGAGUUCUUGAGUGCCCUUUGACAAGUAACUUAACCCCUCUCUGCCUCAGUCUCUUCAUCUGUAAAGUGGGGAUAAUGACAGCACCUGCUUCACAGGGUUGAUGGGAAUCCAGAUGCAGUGGGAUAUAUAAAAUGCUUAUUACUUCCACCUUUGACACCAAAUACAUAUAACUAAGAGUUAACUUUGGAGCAGGGGAGGAAGUAUGAGGCUCCAGGCUGGAGGCAGACCUGUGCUUGGCUGCAAGCUGGAGAGGAUGGGCCCCAAAAGCUUGGCUGAUUUGAAGUCCAUCCAUAAAAUGGAACUCCAGAGAGUUUACACGUUUCAGGAAUGCUGCAUAACUUAAUUAUAAGAUCUUCUCUCUUUGUCUUCUUUGAGUGUUAUAAAAGCCCUUUUGUCCUUGAGCUUCCUUUACCAAGAAACAUGCACUUAUGUAUCUUUUUUGUUCAUGGAAUUGCCCAAGCUUGUUAGCAGAUCCUUUGUAAGACCCAAAAGAGACAGACAGGGGAGGAGUCUUCAGAUACAUAUAAUCAUUUUUCCCAAUUUCCAUGUCACCAGCCCUGCCAGGACUUUUUUUCAGUUCCCUGUUACACAAUGAAAAUAGUGUAUGUUUAUUGAUAAUUUUAGUAGCAUCCUAAUGUGGUAUAAAUUGUCUUCCAGAGAAGAAAAUGUGUCAGGGUUGCGUUAUCACUGAGGCUAGCUGGGAAAGUAGAUCAGUCCAUUAGUCUGAUAAUUAGAAGCGUUGUUUCUGUUACUUCUUAACAUCAUGUGAACUCCUUUUCUGGCUGUCUUAAAGGUUUUCCCAGUAUGUGUCAGUGAGACUCCUUAUUGAAUUUAAUAUGAAUAAAGAUAAAUUCUUUACACUUAAGGAUUAAAGUCUCAGCUUCUGCUUAACUUGAGAUUGCACUGAGAAACUUCUGGCUCUCAGGUAUAAUGGAGUCACGACCACGGGGAUGUCUGUCCCAUAUGGCUCAGUGUGUAAGAAGAAAAAGCUGUUGUGGACGGAGACUCUGUUCACAUUAAAUGACAUCACCUAAGCCAUCAUGACAGCAAAAAUUAUUUAGGAAUUGCUCAGAAUAAAACUGCCUUCAUUAUUUCAUAAAAUGUAUCUUGGUAUCUUUAGCACCUUAUUUAUGGCUUUUUUAAGGUUCACUGGGAUUUAUAAAUAACUGGACAAUGCUAGAGACCUAGUACAAGAAUGAAAGAGGACAGGCUUCUUUCUUAAUAACCUUUAAACAUUCAUCAAGAAGAUAAAACUUUAAAGCAAAAUAAAACACAUGAAAAUAGCCAAGACACACAGACCAGACAAACAAAUAUUACUUUAACUUAUUUGUAUAGUUCUUAAGAGUCACAUUUGUUCCUGAAGUUUCAAAAUUUCAGUCUGGGUGUUUGAUCACUUAGGGAAGCGUUGUGGCCUUCACAUAAUCUUCUCUCACUUUGAAGUCUAGAAACACAGAGCAGUUAGGUCUUAGAGCAAUUUUUAUCACUGUGAGAAAGCUGAAACUUAGAGAGUGUGAGUAGCUUAGUGCAAUUCAGUUGGCCAUCAAAUGUCAGAAACAAAACUCAAUCCAGGGCCGCUGGACCCUUAGGCCAGCAUUGUUAGUUUACAGCAGUGCCUCCUGGGUCCAAACAUCUAAGUGCACAUGUAGCAAUAGUAAAGAUAGUAUGCAUGCAUACAUAACACAUAUAUAGAGACAGCAGAGUAUACGUACACACAUGUUGCAUACAUAGCAACAGCAGAGAAGCUCAUGAACUAUAAAGGAUGGACUGUAUGCUUGUAUCAGACAUUUUGGUACUGACGCUUUGUCAUAUAUUGUGUACAUAUAACCAGCUUGCAAUCAUCUGCCCCCAAAGUUGAACUAAGAAAAUCCUACAGGGUACUAGGAAAGGAAGGCCAUUGGGAAAAGGUGGUUAUAGUGGCAAUUUGUUAGCUCUUAUGAAUUUUCUUUUUCUUUUUAGACAUACUUUUAAUUCCAUUUUUUCAAUAAGUCUAUACUAUUUUGUGUUUUUGUGUUAGCAAGUACUUUGAGCCCCUCAAUAGAAAGUUGCUACAUAAUAUAGUUAUUAAAAAUAAAAAUCUCUCAAACGUACAAGUAGAGGUGGUAUGAGACUUCAAAUUUCCUUAGCCAAGUACAAGUGCAACAGUUUUGUUGGCUGGCUGGCUGGAUAGACGGACUGAUGGAUUGGCAGACCCUCAAGCUGGAGUGUAAUUGAUCUCAUUACAGAGGAGCCAGGCUGGGUGACAGUUCUGCUUUGCACGUGGCUUUUUGCAUUGGUGAAGUAGCCCGUUUUGUUGUUCCUGAUGUUAAACAGGAGAUGAAGGUAUUCUUUUAUUGGCACAAACGUGGGAAAUUGCUCUGGAUUCUUAGAGGAUAGAACAUGUCCCCUGGACGGAAUAAGGUUCAUGUGUAGGGCACAUUCAGAUAGGGGCACCUUAUUGGGGUUACUACUGGUCUCUAAAUGGUCAAAGCAAACAACAUGUCCAUCUAAGCUGUGAUGCCAUGAGAGUAGUGCAUUUUCUCCUCUGCAGUGUUAUAUUCUAAACUGUCAGCAGACAUUAAUUCGGUCGCUGGUGAAGUCCCACCACCUAGAGAUGAACUCUGCCUCCGAUGGAUGUUUUCCACUUCAGUGCCACUCAUCUUGCAAUUACUGGGUCAUUAAUAUCAUUGCAUGCAAUUAGUGACAGUAGAAAGAGCUAGAGGGUUGUGGGAUGUGCACCCUCCCCACCAUGAACUUUUUACUCUGACCCUUUCCCAGCUAGACCUUUUCGUAUCUUGGCAAGGAUAUUUUAAUGAUUAAGACUGUCAAAAUCUUGAGAGCAGGCACUGGAUUAUGUGCUGGAAAUAAUUCACUCAAACACAUGCCUCUUCAUGGUUCAGAAUAUUUUCAUUAGAUAUUAUCACUCUCCCUUCCCUGGGAAGUUUCAUUUUAAAAAAUCUGAUGCUUAAGUACAGCUAACAUAGACAAUAGGGAAUGAUGUUUUAUCUUUAGAACUCUUACAUUAUUCUUUUCUUUAAAAAUGGGAGCUUAGUCAUUACUAUUGAAGCGGUCAUCUGGCCACCUAUUUUUAAAACACAAUUCCUCCAUCUUAGUACAUUUUGGCCCAUAUUAAGCAUAUUAAGGCUGACUUUUUUUUUUUCAAGACAUGGGGUUUUAUUGGGGGCUCAUAUACAUGAGAGAGAGAGUCCAGUGGCAAUGGGCUAGACAAGAUAUCCGCAUGGGCCCGUGGCAGUGAGCUGGGCAGGAAAACUGCAUCUGCUUGCAAACAGCAUGUAGUUUAUCUAUAGCAUUUUCACUUAACACCACCCAGCUAAUGACUUCCACCUGGCAACCUUCAUUUACUCCAGAACUUAGGACCUCGAGUCCCUGUACGGCCCAUGUUCCACAGGAUGGGCCGAGGGCUCAGCUGUUCCUCAUAGACAAGGAAUGACUCUCCACAUUGGCCACUCCCGGAUUCCCUAGCUCAGGACACAUAUUCAGGUGUGUCUAAGGCUGGCUCUUCUAUGUGAAGUUACUUAUUCUUCUACCAUUGACUCUCAUGUUCCCACUAUAUUAAGUUUUUCUGAAUUACUGUGGCAAUAAGAAAUGGUCCCUUAAAUUAUACUAGAAGAAAAGCUUUUUUUUCUGUUUUGUUUUUUAUUUUGAAAUUAUGUUAAAUUUUUUUUAACUGAGAGAUUCCACCUGCAUAAAUCGUCAUAACUUUUAACGAUAAGAUCUUAGACUUAGAAAGUGAUGUUUUUCCUCAACAGAAUUUAUUAAAAGUCAAGACACCAAGGUGUUCCAAACAAUAUUUUGAGGGGAAAUAAAAUAAACAACUCCAUAAAUAAUCUUAUGUGGUUAAACAUGUCUCUAGCAAAACAAACAAACAAAAAAGUCGGGGGUUGGGGGAGGUGAAGUUUAUUGCCAGUACUAUCUGGUCUUUCUCAGAAAAGCGUCGGUGUACAUCACUGAGCCUGGAUGGUAUGUUUUCUUGAUCUGUACCCUCUGUUUGUACACGUGCUUGCAAGCACACACAUGUAGACACGCACACAUGUGCACCUGCCAUCACUGCUUUCUGCUCUUCCGUCUUUUCACUCUUGAGUGUCUGUAGCCAGUAGCUUUCCAGGUCUGUAUUGUCAAAGAUAACUAUGGCCCUGAAUGUCUUCACUGAUUGCUAUUUGACAUUCAUACGGUUUUUAAUGGUUAAAAGGCUUUAUGUGAAAGCUGUGCUAGAAUUUCUCGUGUUCUAGAUGUGGUGUUUAUUGCUUUAUUUUGUGACUGUUCUCUCAGUAGAUUGACCUUCUCCCUCAGUGUCCAAGCCUCACAUAGCAUGAUGGCACCUGUAAACUCAGUUCUGUAUCCUGGUAUCCUUUCUCUUCUCAAGUAGAAGUAAUUAAGUAAUAUAUGUCAUCAAAAUCUUUUAAGUGUACAUACAAACAAAAACAACUUACCAAACUGCUUCAAAGUUGUUCCAUUGUUAACACUCUUAUUUCUGAGCUCUGGGUAGAAUGUCCUAUUAUUGUUCAUCAUGAAUAUUUGAAAUUAAGGAAAUAAAACUGUACCAUUUUCUUUAAGAGCAUCCAUUUGCACUUGAUAACAUCUUCAGUCAUAUUUCAAUGCUGGCAAACAGGAGGGGAGGUCUAAAUUGUGACUCAAUUUUAGAAUCUACUUUUUCCAAAUUAUUCUGUUUAGUGCAGAAAACUAAUUAAUUGUGUUGCAUAGAAAAGUCACUGAAGCUAAGCCAGUUAUUACUUCUUAAUGCAUGAUUUACUGCUUUAAGUUUUCAAAACACAACCAUAGCAAUGUGGUAUUAAUUCAAGUGAUUCUUCCUAUCAUACUGAACAAUAUUUUCACAGGUGAAAAACUCACACAUCCUACAUCACUGGUAGUUUAUACAGUGUUUUAGCUGUGGCUAAAUAAGAGUUAAUCAAAUGUCAGUGAGAACCGUCUCAUCAAGUAGAGGGCUUGUUUUGUUUAAAUUAACUUUGCUAAGUAUAAAUUUCUUCUUGAAAAUAAAUUCUUCUGGGCCGGGCACGGUGGCUCACGCCUGUAAUCCCAGCACUUCGGGAGGCCGAGGUGGGUGGAUCACGAGGUCAGGAGAUGGAGACCAAACUGGCUAACACUGUGAAACCCCAUCUCUACUAAAAAUACAAAAAAUGAGCCGGGCGUGGUGGCGGGCACCUGUAGUCCCAGCUACUCGGGAGGCUGAGGCAGGAGAAUGACGUGAACCCGGGAGGCGGAGCUUGCAGUGAGCCGAGAUCGCGCCACUGCACUCCAGCCUGGGCGACAGAUCCAGACUCCGUCUCAAAAAAAAAAAAAAAGAAAGAAAAUAAAUUCUUCUGUAUUUUUCUUUCUUCAAGUGAGGCCAUUUAGGGGAAGUAUACCAUAAAACUUUGGUCUAAGAUAAGGCAAAUUUGGUAUUAUAGGAUGAAGUGCUAUGUGAUUUGAAGUAAUGCUGAAUUUUUUAAAUAUAUUAAGCUAAACAAGAAUAAUGAGGCCCUUGGAAGUCAUGAUUAUAUUUCUCAUUUUUCUCAUUUUAAAGCCACAGUGAAAAACACAUAAAAGGAAGAAGUUAGAAAAAAAAUGAAUGAAAUUCUCUUUUUCCUUUUGGCAAAUUAAAUAGAUGUUUCUGUUUCAGAAGGUUUUAUUAAUUAACUUUAAAGAAACAGUCAUUUAUUUUUGGCAUUCAGUGAACAUUAUCAUUUCCAUGUUUAGAACUUUUGUUCUGAGUUAGCAUCUUAAAAGAUAACUGUGAAACUCAGGGCAUUCAACUACGUUAAUUUGAGUUUCAGAAAUUGAAUUCUUGUUUCUAGAGUACAUAGUUUGAAUUGAUGUCAGGGUGUUAAAUAGAUAAAUCUUAGCUUCCUAGGUUGUAUAUUCACAUUAAUUAUUUUUUUAUCAGCCUUCUUAUUUUUCAACUUACCUUAUUCUUUUUUUUUUUUUUUUUUUUUUGACACUCAGAUUUGAUAGCCCUGUGGUAGAAGAAAACAGUAAUAUAGUUUGGUAUGUUGUUGUGUUUAUGUUUAUUUUAAAGUCACGGCUUUGCUUUCCAUGUUGUUACUGGAUUAUGCUUUUUUUAGUUCCUCAGUUUGCCAAGAUAACAGUCUUCCGAUCUUCAGAAGUCUGUAUUGAGCUUAAGGAAACUGAUGUGUAGGAAGACUCGCCUAAGAAGUCCAAAUUAGCAAGGCUAGCAUGUGAGGACAUGCUGGAAAAGAAUAGUUCCCAUAGAUAUUGACAGAGAAUGUUCAUAAAAUGCUACUUGUUUCGUGGUUAUGUGAGAGUGAGUUGUGUCCAGUGCAGCUGUAUGUAAGGGCGACGUUUUUAUUCUGGCGACUCUGUGGUUUUCAUGACUCUGGAUGCUGAUUAUGUCUCUCUGACGGGCUUCUUCAACGGAGUUGAUACAAAUACUUGCUUUCAAGUAUCCAUCGGCCCUCUCCUCCAUCCUGGCCCCGUACAAAUACGCUACAUUUUUCAAUAAUUUGAAAUAACCCUCCAUAGUAUUUAUAUUUCCUGGUGCUUCGUUCUUUCCAUAAGAACUGUGGUACCAUUAUUCUGUAGGAUUUUUUUGUGCUUCCCCGUUUCAAAUCUCUGUGCCAGUGAGACCCGUAUAUCGGUACAAAUCCAGAAGUUUGAUUGUCCAUCUGAUUAGCACACUCUUAGCAAUGUGGUGGACUAAACACAGCCAAGAUGUGGGGCUGGAGCUUAGCCUCCUGGGAGCAGAGCGGUGAACAUCAGAUGAAGACAUGUGAAAAUGGAGUACUACUUCCUCUUCGCGGGGAUGGGCUAAAAAGCACAGCCAGAAAUAUUCUUGCCCUUCCAGUCUGCUUUACAGUUACUCACUGGUUCUCUUUUUUUUCCUACUCAGAUAACCAGUAUACUCUUCCCAGUGACUAAGAACUGCAGAUAAGUAUAGGUGCAAAUAGAUGGCAAACCGCAGAUGGCAGCUGUGUGGUUUCAGAUGUGCUGCAGAACUUUUAGACGAUGUGAACUCAAGGAACUUUUUUGCUGAGCAGUAAUCUCUACCCACUGGAACUCAGGCCCUGGGGGGGACAAUGUAGUGACUUCUAUAAACUUACUACAUGCAGUUAGACCCCUGAAGCAAAAGCUUUUAAAAGCAGGCUGUAAAAUGCCCAUGUAUCUUUAUUAAGCCUAUUUUCCAACUGGAUAGAGAAACUUUUCUGGUAAUUUUUAGAUUUGUAAAGUCUAUUUUUUUCCUGAGCCAAGGGAAAAAAAAUACUGGGCACUAAAAGCUUAGUUAUAACAAUGUUAUUUUUUCUAUCUCUGAAUGAUUAAAUGUGAUUUCAUCUAUUUAGCAAUACUAUGAUUGUGGCUGCAUUAGAUCACGCUGAUAGAAAGAUACAAAGAAAACCUAAGUAUAAUGAACUAACAAUUUAUUUUCACUCUUUCUCUAAGUUAAAAAUUCCCAGUACAUUCAAAUGAACAAUGAACAUAAUUGCAAAAUUGUCUCCUGAAAUGGAAAUAGAUUUUUUUUCCCAAGCAUUAGCAAUUUCUUGUUAUUUUUCAAAAUCAGCCACUAAGCCUUUCAAAGCUUCUUGGUGACUUGCAGGAGAAAUCAGAAUAUUAAUCUUGUGGUUUUAUUUCAGAGUUCGCUGCCAGGAAGGAGGUGUAAUUGGGAUAGGAGACUUUUUUUUUUUAGCUGUGUCACUGCUCAAGGAGAUAGGUUUGGAACCUCAGCAUAAGAAUUAUACUCCGUGAUGAGGGUGUAGCAGGGGAGAAGAAAGGUGAUUUUUACUAUGGGAAGCUCUACUUACAUCAAGUAUAAAAUAGACUGAAGUCAUUUUGAAUUAUGUUAUGCUCGUAAAGUUUACCUCCUGGAGUUUCAGUUAGUACCAGCGUACUCACUGGGUUAAAACAGGGUUAUUCAGGCACCUUAGAUCAUUUCUCACUCAUGGCAAAAAUCUUUCGUGGUGGAAUGUGUAGCUGUAUUUUAAAUGCCCCUUUAUAAGCAACCAAGUAUUUGGGAUGUUAUUUUAAUAUUAAUUGUGAAUUUUUCAGUAUCUUCCAGUAACCUUUGCAAGUCACAGGUUGACUUAAAAGGAAAAGAAGCAAAAUCCUGAAUAUAGCAGAAAAACUGUCUGCGCUCAGACUGUUCAGCCCACUUUUGCUCACCACCCGGCAAGCACACUCCCCCAAACAAGCAAUAGCCUGUGGCUUCAGAAGAACCUACAAAGGCAGCAUCUGUAGAUUUUUCCUUAUUCAACUCUAAGACUUGAACGUUUCCCUCUUCCCCCCACACUUUUUUUUUAAACCAAGAAAUAAAAAAGUUUUCACUCUUAAAGGUGCAAAGCAGUUUCAUUCUUAUGCAACGCAGCCUUCCUCCUGCUGUCUUGUAGUCUGUGGAUGUUAAAUUAUAGAUUCCAAUUGAAUUUUAAUACUCUAGAGAUUUUACAUUUGUGGUUGUCAAGACACCAUUUUGGUAAACCUAGGGAGCUCCACACAAAAGCAUUGAUAUUCAGAAAAGGCACUGACCUACAAAUUAAAAGAAAAAAAGUCAAAUAAUGUGCACCUCUUGUGCUUCCAAUUUGACAAAGUAGAAGUCAUCAGUAGUUUCUCCCUCUGCAGACGCAGUUCUCAAUUCUAUUUACAAGUAACUCUGCUCUACUGUGCCUGUCUUUCUCUUGCUGAUACUCAUUUAAUUGUUUUUCUUUUGGAUCUGAAUCUUUGACUGUCUUUUCCCCUCAAGAUUAAAAUAAAUAAAUGUAUAUUCCUCCCCUUUCUUUCUGCACUGCCCUUCAGAUCUCAUUUUGUCAUUUUUCAGCUUAGUGUUGAAACUUUUAGCAACAAAAAGUAAGUCAUUUAACUUUGAGUUUGAGUGCACUUUUGCAUGUAGGUUCAUUUAUGUGCAUGUGAAUUUAAAAACAUUGGGAUUCCACUUGAAUUAAGUAAACCAAACAUUUUAAACUACCAGCCAAAUAGAGACAUCAGCCUUUCACUUCUUUCUAUAUGCAGAGGUAUCCUGAUUUUUUAGAAAAAUCAAAUAGGAAAAUUCUCAACAAUUAAUUGAAGAUUAUAGCACUGCUCUGAAAUGGUCCAGAAAUAGGGUCUGCUCAUAGAAACUCAUAGUUUGAAGCCUCUGGGAGGAAAGGAUACUUUAAAAUUUAGGCACAUAUUUGGAGGAGGGAAAAGGGAAAGAGCAGAACGAAGAACUGAAAAAAAUCACACACCGGGGCCUGUCGUGGGGUGGGGGGCUGGGGGAGGGAUAGCAUUGGGAGAUAUACCUAAUGUAAAUGACGAGUUAACAGGUGCAGCACACCAACAUGGCACAUGUAUACAUAUGUAACAAACCUGCACGUUGUGCACAUGUACCCUAGAACUUAAAGUAUAAUAAAAAAAAAUUUUUAAUAGCCCCAUUAAAUAAUUAAAAAAAUAUUUUUUUUAGAUUCACAGAAGUGUACAAAAUUUUUAGGUAUUUUUUUUUAAGCUGUCUGCUGAACAGUUUCUUAAUGGUCUACAAUGUUUGUAUCUACAAACAGAUACUGUCUGCUUCUUACUACCUUCCAAGACAUUAUUAUUAUGGCAAUUAUUGCCCAGUUUCCCGGGAAAAAUUUAUCCACAGUUACAGAAGAAUGAGAUGCGAUUGUGAGACUGUAAAGUUUAAGCAGGCACUCAGAGAAGCACAGUGAUAUGUAUGCACAGAAGAGGCAGCCUUUGUUUUGAGGAAAACAGUGAAAGUAAAAGUUAAUUCAAGACCACAAAGACAAGUAAAUAAGUGCCUUAUUUUUGUAGUUAAUAUAAUUUCAGUGGAAUGCAUAUUUCUACCAUAAAGGCAUAUAGAACUUGUUUGCUGACCUACUGUUUGGAAAACAAACAAUCCCAUUAGAAGAAUGUCUUUGGGAUUUAUUUUUACCGGAAAAUCAAUCCUUUUUUCAGUCCCUUGCAAAGUACAGUGUUACAAGACAAGACUUUGAUAAUCAGGUAGAAAAUGGAUUUAAAUUGCAGAAGUGUAUAUGAAACACUUUUGUUCCUUGCCCCUUGAACUUUAGGGGAAUGAAAAUGUCUAGCACUCUCCACCUUCUUUUCUCUCCUGGAACUUGAACUGUAAUUCAAAGCCUGUUUCUCAUUAAAGUACCUGGCAGCCUAUCUCUUUACAGCUUGAGUUACAAAGCUAUUCAGAGACCUCACUGGUCUAAAGAGACAGAACAAGGAUGUGUUUAAAUAGAGCAUAGGCUGUUGAAAAAAAAAAUGCUGAAAAUGGUAAAAUGAUUCUGUCCUUCCUUCCAGUCCUCACUGCUGAGGUGGAGAGGGAAUUCAAUUGGUGAACACCAGCAAGUGGCUGGUGAAAGUGCCCACUUUCUCUCCAGGGUUGCCACAGGACCCAGAAUCAGUGGUGGGCAUGUGUGUGAACCCUCUAUUCAGCCAGAGUUUUCCCGCAGCAGGUAGUUUGGUUGAAGAGGUUGACUAAGGUUGACAUUGGCAGUAAUAACACGUGUGUUCUUCUGAUUUACAAAACGAUGGAGGAAAAAGGGGAGAUUUUGAAGACCUGAAUUCUGGUAUACUUCUUAAGCAUGUAUAAGGCUGAAAAAAGAAGACAAGGGUUGUGGGAGGCUCCUGGUCUAGUGUUUACAGAACUUGGAUGCUUGACAAACAGAGCGUCAAGCUAAUUGUUCUUGAAGCAGGAAAUCUGUGGUGGAGGAAGCAGGUGUGGGGGGAUGAUUACCACAUUUGGAAAUGGCUGCAUUAACUAUUUUGCUCUUCUGAGUUUGGCCCCAAAAGAGUCCAUAGACUUUUUGAAAGAUGCCACCCCUUUUAUUUAUAGACUAACAUUAAAUCAGUCAUUUGUGAAGGAAGGAGAAAGUGCCUAAAUAAAUUUGGAGUCAGAUAGCAUACAUGCGGCAGUGUUUCCGAUAUCCAUUUCUCUUUGUUUCUUUUUCUUUUUCUUUUUGGCUUUCAGCAUCCCCAUACUUUCAGAAAACUUGUGACUAAGAGUGAAUUCUUAUUUUUCAAAUUGUUUUCAGACAUUUCAUGUUCAUGUAAACUUGGCUUAUUGAUUUCCUGAUUUUUCUUUAUUUUUUUGUUCUGUCCAUUUUAUUU